UGACCUUUGGAAUGAAAAUAAAAUUGUAUUAACCUGAAUGUGUAUCAGGUAAAAGAUUCAGAUCCAUGAGAAUCCAGAAAACCAGAUAUUCAGGUUUUCAUUCAUCAUUAUGAAUAACCAAGUUAUCGGUUAUUCAGUUUCAUUCAGUGUUGUGAUUGUUGUUGUUGAUCCUGUUACAUAAGAAUAACAAUCUACUUUACCAUUGACAGUUAUUAUUAAUUUUUUUACCGUUAUUCGAAUGGUUUUCUCUCUGUGUCUUUUCAUCCUCUCUCAUUGAUUAAAGUCAAUGGAUUAUAAUAAAAAGACUUAAUUGUAACAAUUAACUUAUACAUAUUUAUUAAUGAUGCCUGAUGAAACAACAUCAAUCUCUAUUGUAGAUAAUUAUUCAAUAAACAAUUACCAACUUGAUCUACCAAUUUGUCGAAUCUGUCAUUGUGGACUAAAUGAAGUGCUUUCGACUUUCUCAUCAUCCUCAUCCUCAUCCUCAUCUUCAUCAUCAUCUGAUAUGGACUUAAUUACACCCUGUUGUUGCUCAGGUUCAUUAAAAUAUGUUCAUCAUUAUUGCCUUCAACAAUGGAUUAGAUCAUCAAAUAAUAAAUACUGUGAACUUUGUAAAUAUCAUUUUAAAAUGUCCAUCAAAUUUAAGCCCAUUCACAAGUGGGAACGACUUGAGAUGACCAACAGUGAACGACGUAAAUUGUUAUACAAUUUGCUGUUUAAUUUGAUUUCAAUGUUUUGUGUUUUCUGGUCAAUUUAUGUUCUGAUUGAGAGAGCGACAUACGAAGCGAAAUUUGGUCUUCUCGAUUGGCCUUUUUGGACCAAAAUGCUUGUCGUUUCUAUUGGUUUUCUUGGUGGAACCAUUUUCCUUUUUGUUCAACUUCGCCUUUAUCUCUCAAUUUUUUCUAAAUGGCGACAAUAUAAUCGAGUCAUCAUAAUCCACAAUAGUGAUAAUAAUAAACAAGCGACUACUAAUCCUCCAAAAAUUGAGAAAAAAUCAACAUACGAAAUUGACUUAUCGGGGAUUAAGUGACCUCAUACUCUUUCCCCUUAAUCCGGCCACUUAAAUCCACAAAAAAACAACAUAAAACGAAACGAGGAUUAUAUCAAAACGAUUCCAAUUUUGUAAUAAUUACAAAUCAAACUGAGAUUUCGACUCGAUUGACAAAAGGACAUCUCGAUAACUAUUAAUUCAUAUAUUUAAAUUAACUAAUUGACAAAACUUAAUGUACUUAAAGAUGAAAAUAAGAAUCACAAUAAUCUUAA